UAUUGGGCGCUCCAGCUGUGGUCACUCUAAUCCGGCCGGCGUUUACUAAAAAACAGACAAAUGGCAGAUAAAAAGGUGGGGGGCAACAACGACGGCAAGGAGAAGCGGCGGAAGGAGUCGAUUUUGGAUCUGUCCAAGUAUCUGGAGAAACAGAUUCGCGUGAAAUUCGCGGGCGGCCGCGAGGCUUCUGGAAUUCUCAAGGGCUACGAUGCUCUGCUCAAUUUGGUGAUGGACAACACGGUGGAGUAUCUGCGGGACUCCGACGAGCCAUACAAGCUUACCGAGGACUCUACGAGAAGUCUGGGACUGGUUGUAUGCCGUGGUACAGCGCUUGUUUUGAUAUGUCCACAGGAUGGAGUCGAGAGCAUUGCCAAUCCGUUCAUAACGCAGUAAAUGGCGAUAUGCCGAGACAAGGUCGGUGCUUAGAAUAAGGUUCAAACGCUUAUGGAAAUCGGAAAUUUAAAUAUAUAUAUUAAGCGGA